AAAACAGGCAUAAAAUAGCCUCCUUGGGAUAUCAAUCAGUGUUUCUGAUACACUGUCACUUUAAUCUUGUGUUUAUUUGAUGAAAUUACAAAAUGCUGUGCGUAUUUGAUCUAUCUAAAAAUGAGCUAUAAAUGACCACUUCUACCAAAGUAAUAGUAUUUAAGGCAUUGAUUUUUCAGCUUAAUUAAUUACAAAGAAAUCUAUAGAAGACAUGCACCCAUGAUUCCAGUUUAGAUUCUUGUUUUCAUGUGUGUAUGGUAAUAUGUUUAGUGGUUUAUAUGUUGUGCAAAGGAAAACAGUUCAACAGAAACUGUGGGGGGGGGGGAAGGGGUGUCUGUUUACAGUCACUUUUGUCAACAGUACUUCAGUAGCGCCAAAUUCUUUUCCUACAGAAGAGCAAAUUCCUGUUAACUUCUUUUUGUAGCUCUCAGUCCUAUGUUCCUUUCGCUUUCCUUUGGCUCGCCCUGACUUUAAGGUGAUGCAUGCUACCAUCCAUGCUGUGGCACCAAGAGGCUGCACUGCACUGCACUGAGCAAGUUUGGCUGUCUUGGAAAAACUCGCCUUGCCCAGUGGAAGAAAUUCUUAGUUUUAGUAACCUGAUGGCCCUCAGAAAGCCCUUGGAAGAUGGAGCAAUAUUAUUCUCUUGUGCAGCAGCAUGGUGGCACCUAGGUUUUCUUCACUGAAGAGAAUGUAACUUUGGCUUGAAGAGUGUGCAUCAAGUUUUGUACCUACAAAUUCAUACAUGGAAUUUAUGAAUGAGUGCUAUUCUCUUUCAUAUAACCUCAUCAGAAUGUUUUAUUUAACAGUACUCCAGGAUACUAGAAGCAAGUUGUUGCAAGCUCUGUCUUGCAUGAUCUUGCUUUACUGCACUGAUUACUUUAGCCACAUCCAUUGACCCCAGGUCUAUCUAUGUAACUAGUCAAUGCAAAAACCAGGUUAUUUAGCCCAGCAGAUCUUUGAAGUGAAUGGCAAUAGCUCAGUGAGUUUCUUAUUGGAAGUGUUAUGAUUCAUCCUAUCAAAUCAUAUCUGACUUCUGAGUUGCUUCAGAAAUGCAUAAGUUUCAACAAAUCUGAGCACAACGUGUUCUUACAAAAAUUUGAUACCAAGCCUUGUAAUACAAAAUCUACUGUUGACAGUGACAAUACAAGAGGUGUAUUUUGGCUGAUACUCUUUGUUCCUGUGCUCAUUAAGGUCUUGCUCCUUUUACAGGCUGCGAGUCUAAAAUUAGACAACGAGGCAGUGCAGGAUCAAAGACCUUUUCUUCAUGCUCUGAUGUUCAAAAAUGGCUAAUGUGCUCCAGGACACAUGUACACUUGAAGCUUCUUAUUCUGAAAAUGUUGAUACUGAGCUGUCCUUUCUGCCUGAAAGACUGAGAAAGAAACUGCUUCCUUUUCAGGAGAAAGGCAUCAUAUUUGCACUUCAGAGGAGUGGCAGGUGUAUGAUUGCUGAUGAGAUGGGGCUAGGUAAAACAAUUCAAGCAAUUGCUAUUUCCUACUACUACAGGAAGGAAUGGCCUCUCUUAAUAGUAGUGCCUUCAUCUCUGAGAUAUCCUUGGGUUGAUGAGAUGGAAAAAUGGAUUCCAGAACUAUCUCCAGAUGAUGUUAUUAUUAUUCAAAACAAAACUGAUACUGGGAGAAUAUCAAGCAGCAAAGUGACGAUUCUGGGAUAUGGCCUGUUAACUUCUGAUGCCCAGACUUUAGUAGACACUCUGUAUAGGCAGAACUUCAAGGUAGUUGUGAUUGAUGAAUCACACUAUAUGAAAUCCAGAAAUGCUAAACGCAGCAAGAUUUUAUUGCCAAUUGUGCAGAAAGCCAUUAGAGCAAUUCUUCUUACUGGAACUCCUGCUCUGGGAAGACCUGAAGAGCUUUUCAUGCAGAUUGAGGCACUUUUUCCAGGAAGAUUUGGAAGUUGGAGUGAAUAUGCCAAAAAAUACUGUGAUGCUCGUUUGAGAUUCUUUGGUAAAAGAAAACAAUGGGACUGUAGAGGAGCUUCAAAUUUAGAAGAACUACAUCAACUUUUAAGAAAAAUAAUGAUCAGAAGGCUGAAGAAUGAUGUUCUAACACAAUUACCUCCCAAAGUUAGACAGCGUAUUCCAUUUGAUCUCCCACAAGCCGCAGCUAAGAAUUUGAAUACCACUUUUGCAGAGUGGGAGAAAUUAAUGAGAAAGUUGAAUUCAGAGCCCACUGACAGCCAUUUUGUUGAAGUCAUGAGUCUAAUCACACGUAUGUAUAAAGAAACUGCAAUAGCCAAGGCAGGAGCAGUAAAGGACUAUAUCAGAAUGAUGCUUGAAAAUGACAAACUGAAGUUUCUAGUUUUUGCUCACCACUUAAGCAUGCUUCAAGCUUGUGCAGAGGCAGUGAUAGAAAAUAAGGUUCGCUACAUACGGAUAGAUGGAAGUGUUCCUUCUGCAGAAAGAAUACAUCUUGUUAAUCAGUUUCAGAAGGAUCCUGAUACCCGAGUUGCUAUUUUGAGUAUUCAGGCAGCUGGUCAGGGUUUAACUUUCACUGCUGCUACUCACGUUGUGUUUGCUGAACUAUAUUGGGAUCCAGGCCAUAUUAAGCAAGCAGAAGACAGAGCACACCGCAUUGGACAGUGCAGUUCUGUGAAUAUUCACUUCCUUAUAGCAAAAGGAACGUUGGAUCCUCUUAUGUGGGCAAUGCUGAAUCGCAAGGCCAAGGUUACAGGCAGCACCUUGAAUGGCAAAAAAGAGAGAAUGCAGGCUGAAGAAGGUGAUAAGGAGAAAUGGGAUUUUUUGAGUUUUGCUGAAGCUUGGACCCCUAAUGACAAUAUGGAAGAUCUCCAAAAUGAACUUCUGUUUACACAUUUCGAGAAGGAAAGACAGCAUGACAUACGUUCCUUCUUUUCCCCAAAGUCCUCCUCUGGAAAGAAACGCAAAAUAUUUCCAGAUAGUGAAUCAUUUAAGGUUGAUGCAGAGUCUUUUGACGCCAUGAAAAAAGAAGAUUCAGAGAAGAGCAGUGAAGAUCUGGAUUUCAAAAAAAUAAGUGACGUGGAUACAACUUGUCAUGAAAGUAUCUGUGAACAUGAAGCUAAAAGAGCGAGAAACAUAAGUGGAUCUACUCCAGUCAGCUCCAGUAAGAAAAAGACUUUGACUGGAAAAAUGUCCACUUUCUUCACAGAGAAGAACAACAAAGUCCUUCCUUGCGGCUCAAAUACUUCAAGCAAAGGCACAUCUUUAAAUAAAGUUUGGCACUGUAGUGUUUGCACUUACAGUAAUAAUGAAUUGCUUCCUUACUGUGAAAUGUGUAAUUGCCCUCAGAGCAAUAACGGUGAGAGAAACUGUGAAGUUCCUACUAGCCAGACUGAAGAAGACGUGUCAAAAGACUCCAGAAGAGGUGAACAGAGAGCAGCAUGGGAUGCUGAAGAUGGAAGAAAAGAUUUGGAGGAAUUGGUGACCGAGCAGUCUGAAAUCAGUGAACAAGAAGCUGUCAAAAUCAAAAGUACAGAAAAUGAAAGAAGGUGUGGAGAAGAUGAAUCAGAUGCAUUUCUAGUAUACGAUGGGCUAAUGUUCUGUGCAAGCAGGAAUACUGAUAGAAUUCACCUCUAUACAAAGGAUGGUGAACCACUGAAUCUGAAUUUCAUUCCAUUGGACAUACAGCUGGAUAACUGGGAGGAUUUACCAGAGAAUUUCCAACAUAAACAAAAUCGGUCAAUGAUUCUGCGGUUUGUGAAAGAAUGGAGUCAUCUAACAGCAAUGAAACAGAAAAUUGUCAGAAAAAGUGGUCAGCUGUUUUGUAGUCCUAUUCAUGCUGCAGAGGAGAUGUCUAAAAAGCAGUCAGCAGCAAGCAGUACAAAAAGGUAUGUGACCAAGGAGGAUGUAGCAGCAGCCUCACUUAGCAAAGUGAGCAGCAGUGGGGGCAGCGUGCGCCUCAUCACUAAAGAAAGUAGAGCUUGUCUGAGGAAUGAAAAUGCUUCUAUGGCACAACCAGGUCAUUCCACAAAGUUGUUUUUGGAGAGUGGAAAAAGUCCUUCUAUUCUUCCCUCCAAUUGGACUGAUGUUCAAAAUUCCUCCCUACCCAAAGGCUAUUUGCAAGCCCUGGAUGGUGAAGGAAACCCACUUUGUCUCCGCUGCCAGCAGCCAACAGCUCAGCUUGACCAAAGCUGCCAGACCCAUGCCUGGGACACACGGUUCUGCUCUCUUGCCUGCCAGGAGGAAUUCUCAGUUCGUUCUAGUCAGGGCUACCUCAGGACUAAGGUAUUUGAAAUUGAACAUGGUGUUUGCCAGUUUUGUCAUCAGAAUGCUCAAGAGCUCUAUCUUAACAUCAGAGAUGCACCUAAGACUCAGCGUAAGAAACUUCUGGAGAGCUCAUGGAUGUCUCAUCUUCCAGUUGGGCAGUUGAAUGAAAUUAUAACAAACCCAACAGAAGGUCAGUUCUGGCAGGUGGAUCAUAUCAGGCCUGUUUACAGUGGAGGAGGACAGUGUUCCUUGGAAAACCUUCAGACUCUGUGUACAGUCUGCCACAGAGAGAGAACUGCAAAACAGGCCAAGGAAAGAAGUCAGAUGAAGAGACACUCUUUAGCUACAAAGUACGGUUGUGAUAUCACAAAGUUUUUUGUGAAGAAGUAAAAUAAUAAGUAUAAUCAGUUACAUUAUAACUCAGGAAUUACUAUAGUCACAUAGUUUUCCUCAUGCACUUUGAAAAAAUAGUCUUGUAUGCUGGUAGAGAAAAUGUGCGAGCAAAACAUGAAAUCAUUCAAAAUACUGAUUUUUCAGAGGGCCUUGGAUGAAUGCAUGCAAGGAACUUAAUCAUGGUUACGUUUUUAUGGCCCUGCAGUUUAAAGCUGAAUUUCUAUGUAUAACCUUAGUGCAGUUUUGAAGUACUACAAUUUUCAUAUUAGUUCAUUUACAACUGUAAGAAUUGGAGGAAGUGCUGCUGAAAUUCAUGUUAGUCUUACAGUGUUCAGCUGUAGUGGGGUAUUAAGGACCAGGGAGCUAUCUUAGUUAAAAUUAUUCCCUUUGUUCACUCAAUCAAAGGUACUGGAGAAAAUACAGAUUCUGCUCUCUAUUAUGACUGCAACAAGGCAGGUAAUGUGUUUUGUCUAAAACUGUCUCAUAACUACAUAUAUA